UCAGAGUGUUUCUGAGCUACCAGCAAUUCUUGGAUUAUCUAUAGCAAUUCCAGCAUUCAGCAUAGCCUUUUUUCUCAGGUGAAGGAUGAAAGAGCAGCUGGGAAAGGUUUUGUGACUCGCUGGUGUCUUUUUCUGAAACCAGGGACCUGGAAGUCCAAGCUUUUAUGUAAUAAACCUAAGAACAAGGAUCAAUAACCUUGUGACUGAAUGGCAGCAGAAAUCACCUACGCUGAGGUGAAGUUCAGGAAUGCAUCACUGUCUGCAGAGGUCAAAGCACCUCCAAAGAAGAAGGACUGUGAUCAUCACACCCAGAAAUACCCACCAUGGCUCCCAUGGUUGAUCUCACUGCUGCUCCUGUUGGUGUGCAUCACUCUCAUCAUUACUCUCUUUGUCAGUCACUUCUCCCAUAACCAAGAAGAGCUGAAGACCUUGCCACAGAAUGCCACAGAGUGGCUCUGCGUCUCAGUGAUGCCACCAAGCAAAGGACGAGGCUGGAUGUGCUGCCCAAUGGGCUGGAGAUUCUUUCAAAAAAGCUGCUACUACACAUCAACAGAUUCUAUGACCUGGAAUGACAGCAAGAAAAACUGCACUGGGAUGGGCUCCCACCUGGUGGUGAUUGAUACAGAAGACGAGCAGGUUUUCCUCUCUGCAUGGUUAAAAGAAGAGAUUCGAUAUAUGAGAAAAGACAAUUACUACAUUGGUCUGAGUGCACAGAAUGUGGGCCAGUGGCACUGGGUGGACAAGACUCCCUUUAAUGUGACAGCAGUGUUCUGGAGGAUUGGAGAACCAAGCAAUGUGGAGGAGGAGAAGUGUGUUGUAAUCCACUGGAAGGAAAAAAAACAUUGGAACUGGAAUGAUUUGCGAUGUGACAUCCGUUCUCCUCGAAUUUGUGAAGCUGCAGCAAUAACCGUUUGAAGGAGGGAAUCUCAUGCUGAGUAAAACUGAGAGGCUAGCAGUGAGCUGGAAACAAUAUAGGAAUAUGUUGGGAGGGGUAAAGGAAGGGCUGGAACCUGCGUGUCCACUCUCCUCGAUGGGAAGAUGUGAGUGGAAGUCAUAACUGCCAUGCAUCCAGCACUUGCCAAUACUCACCAGUACCCAUGUCUUUCUAGAAGUACUAUAAAACCUAAAAUGGAAAAAAAUGUUGUUGGGAUGGCUUUGCCUGAGCUGUCUCAGAGGUUGCCCAUGUUGUCUCAUAGUGGUGAGUACGGGUUUGGCGCUAGAAGAUUCAGGGAAGCAUGGCAGGUGAAGGGAGUGGGCUGUACAUGAACAGUACAAAUACCUUCCUUUAAAUGUCAUUGCCUCCAUUGGGAAUGAUACGUGAGGCCUCAGGGUCAUCAAAGCAGGUCCUAGGCUCUGGUUUUGUCCUCUCCAUUUGGAUCUGGCAAGAGUUGGGUGAAAAGAAGUUGGGAUUUGCAGAAAAAAAAAAGAUGCAGGAAUGAAAGACAUCUUCAGAGCUGCUCCUUCCUUGGUUUCCUCGAGAGGAGAUGUCUGCUUUGACCUAGGGCACACAGAGAAUGUCCUCUAUUUACAUUGCUUUAGCCGAACAAAGCUGAUUCUCUACACAAUGCAAAAUACAAUUUUAAACAAAUGAAAAGGGCCCUGAGCUGUACCCCUCCCUCUCACGCUCCCUCCCUCUCACACUCCCUUGUUUGUUCUCGCCCUCUCUUUCUUACUCUCUCUAAGCUGCAAGUCUCUUGUAUAACUAUGGUCAAAACAGGUUGCUGUGCCAGGAUAGAGCCUUGCAUCACUACUGCAAUAUAAAUAGCAUCCAUCCACUGAAGUAAAACCUUUCAGAGACAUCCUGGCUAUAUGGUGGGGUUGCUAUAGCAAAAGCUUGGGAAGAAACUAGGCACAGGCAAUGAGCCAGGAGAUAUUACGAAU